AGUAAAGGUGUAUGUUGAAUAACUGGGAAGGAACAGCUGUAGGGACCUGGAGAGCUGUGUAACUGCUGCUAUUUGUGUCCUCACUCCUCUGCCAUUCUAACGCUAUACCUGCCAUGUGUUGCUAACAUGACCUGCCUAUCUCCCUACUCAGGUCUGGAUUAUAAAGGUUGAAAAUUGUCAUUUGAGGAUCUCAUUGAAGACAGCCAGGCAGUGACAGCCCCCGAGUGCCGAUACUGAUCAUCUCAUUGGUAAAUCAACCACAUUUAGGGGCCUAUUUAUCAAGCGUCAACACACAUUGCCAAGCAUUGUGGCCGCGGAUCUGAAUACUCUCUCCUUAUUUCUAAAAAAAGCCUUCAAAAACACGCGUGUCAAGUAUGAUACGAAGAGCAUCGGACUGAUGUUAACUAACAUUCAUCGAUGUCGCGGCAAUUCAGAUGUUGCUAUGAAGACAGAAGUCAGAAAUGACUGAUGUGGAACCUGGGGUCACAGAUUUUGCAUCAUCAGGAAGAGCUGGUAGAAGAAAUGCCUUACCAGACAUUCUGGGUUCUCCAGCUGGGACAGACACAGCUGACCUCCCACAGAAACUAGCUGAACUAUCAAUGUCACAAGAUGAAGGUGCAGAAGUUGGAGAAGGAUCAUCUUCAGAAUCUCCAGCAGAAGCUCAGGAAGCAAAACCUGAGGAAACUUGAAACUUGUUAUCAUGUGAUGGAAACAUAUACAUUGAGAGCUGAAGCUCUGAAUUGUUCAAUGAACAAUGAGCCUGGGAUCUAAUUGUAAGGCUGAAAGAGGACUAUGCAACACGUGUAUGUGCAUUCUAUCUAUAAGCACUCAAUUCUCACGCUGACUUCAUUUAGGAAUUUACUUUUUUUUUAUUCUAAAUAAAUAUAGGGUGAAAAGUUAAAUUCUUUAGAGAAAGAGCUAUAUGAUAAAGUAUAGAUUGUUAUAAUUUACAAUACUAUUGUAGUUUGCAAUCACAAACACAUCUAUAUUAUAUACUUUUCUUUUGCUACAGGAUGAAUGAUAAGGGAUAUUGAUUAUAGUACCUUUAAUUCUUACAACAUUAUAUAGGGUGUAUCACCACAGCUAUAGUUUCAUAUUUUUAUUUUAUUUUGUAGUCAUAUGAUUCCAACAGUAUUUGGGUUAUCAUUUUUAUAUAUUACACAAGAGUUUUCAUUUAUCUCCUAAUUGGACCAAUGCAUAAAGGCAAUUAUCUUCCCCUGUGCCUUAUUUUCAAAAUGAAUUGCAAAAAAAAAAGAGCCCGGAAUACUGAUAAUCUCAAAAGCUUGGGGAAAUUGGCAGACAUUAGCAACUGAAAUGUUAAUACUGUAUUCCUUUGUGUGUCAUUUUGUCAACCGAUGUAGCAAUGUUAGUGAUUUCAGUUUGAUAUGAAAAUAAAAAAAACAAAAAAAAAACAUGUUGGCAAAUGUCA